AUGAACAGAAUCUGGAUAAAUAAGUUGCCUGUAGAACUCAAAGUAGAAAUUGCGAGUUACUUGGAAAAACCCUACUUGCUUGGCUGCUGUUCGCGUGAAUGGUACAGCGUAGUAAAUUCGCCACAUACAAAAUAUAGAUGGCUGCUCAACAAGUAUGGUCGUGUUCAUGCUUUGUUUCACGCUGUAAGAAUCGGUGAACCAUUACUCAACAUCAGCGUGAUUGAGCUUGUGUUAAAAAAUUCUCUUAUCAGCCGGUACCUUGUCCAACGACUAAAACUUGUUUAUGGAAAGCACUGUCUGUGGGGUAACAAUAUUUCCAACAAUGUAUACGAACGAAUUAUUAAUUUCAAGGAAGGAUACAGAAACGACAACCACAAUGACAUGCAUUCAAUCCGUCAAGUGUUAAAAAAAGGAGAAAACGAAAACGAUAUCAAAACAAUAAUUGAAGUUUAUGGUUUCGCGCCUUUUCCGCCCAAGCCAACUUUUCGAACAUAUAUAUUCGAAAAUUUUGCUAAAUAUGAAGAUAACCUUCCCCAAAACGGUUAUGCAACCGCCUCUGAAUUGAAGGUCGUGGCAAAGGCGAUAAUCGCUUAUCCAGAUUUGUUAAAUAUCUGGAGAAAAAUUGGACAAGCAGUUGCUGAAAAACUAUGCAACUUACAAUCAAUUGGAUUUCCACUAACCGACACUCUGAUUGGAAAUGCUCUACUGCUUCUAUUCAAACGGAGAUUAAUCGAUGUCGGAGAGAGUCUUAUUGAGGGUUUUUCAAUUGCUCGGAAAAUGCCCAAGACGGAUGUGCUUGAAAUGUGCUUGAUAGAUUUGCUUGAUCUGUCAAGAAUUCUUGAACAAAGUGAUGCACUGAAUUAUAUCAUCAACUCGAUCAACGAUCCCGAAAAGCAAAUUCUUUCCGCAUUUGAAAAGUACAGUAUUGUCGAAGGUGACAAUAACCCAACCCAAUCUCGCACAUUCCUUAAAUACUCGCCUGUACUAUAUCAAUACAUGUUAAGGUUCGGUGCAAAGUCUCCAGUUGUUAAAUAUUUGAUGAAAGAAAUUAUAAUUGUCCAUACACAGCUUGCCGAUACAGAGAAUGCAAACAAAUUGAGAGAUGCAGAUACUAUCCUUGACGAAUAUUAUGCCGCAAAUGUACCUUUCGAUCGAUCGCUUUUACCAUUAUUCAAAGAAUGUCUGCGCGGAAAACCAAUUAGCUAUUUAUUUGAAGGGUAUCUCCCAGAACUGUUCGGAUCCGAAGUUCCUCAACCAUUUAUGACAUUUCAAAUUCCGGAAGUAGAUGUACUCACGUCAUCCACACAAACGAAAGAGUUGCAGCGACUUUGGCUGGAAGACAUUCAAAAAUGUAUUCGAUCCGAUGAAUUAGUGAACAGCGAAUUUAAAAGACAAAUUACAAAUUUUUUUACUCUUUACGGUAUUAGUAUACCGUUUUAG